UUCUUAUAUCUCAUAUUACUUUUUUUCCCCUCUUUGUUCUUUCUAUUUUUUUUUCUUCUCUUCUCUCUUGAUUUAAACACAACGCAGAUAUCAGUAUGGCAGAGGGAGCGGAUCAUAGUGAUGAGCCAAAUAUUUUCAAUACUCCUGUUUUGCAAAUGGGUAGGGGUGGUAUGGGUCUGUGGCAGCGGAGUGUUAGUGGUGCUGUGGGACAUGGGUUGGAUAGGAAAGAGGUGGGUUUUUCUCCAUUAGUAGCUGACAGCGGUAGGGGAACAGGGUUAAGUUGUGACCUGGGUGGUUCUCCUGUUGGGCAGUCCAUGGAGGGGGAGCAUCUCACAUCCACACCCAACAGCGUUGACACUGCUGCUAUUAGCCACCUCACUGACAUGGUAGGACAGUUAGGAGCCCAGAUAGGUGAAUCCAUUGUGGCCAAAUUACUGUCUGCUGGUGCAGUCAACUUAAACAGUGGAGUCCAGAGCACCACAUCGCCCAACACAUCAGUCACACACACAAGCACUGAUUCUCACACUGCUACGCAGACAGACUCACAAGUCACAGUACAUGUAAAAUCAGACAAAGAGCCUGAGUUCUUCAGAGGUGCCGCUUCUGACAAGUACCCUGUCCAGGACUGGAUUGACAUAAUGAAAGCUUAUCUCAGGAAACAGAGAUGUCCUGUGGAAGAGCAGGCUGAAGAGAUACUGGGGAAGUUAAUGGGCAAAGCAAAAGAUGUUGUGAGAGUUGCCCUGCGUAGUGAUUCGAGCUUAAAUGUGAGACAGAAACCUGAACUCAUCUAUGAUAUGCUCAUGCAGUAUUUCAGUGACUCUUCAUCAUGCCUCCCGCUGGCAGACUUUUACUCCACCUUACCUAAACCCGGGGAGAGUCCAGUCGACUAUUGGCUGAGAGUGAACAAGGCUGCUGAGCUGGCUGCUGAUGGUCUCCGCAGACAAGGCAGAGGUAUGGAGAACCAAAGCGAGGAGGUGGCACGCAUGUUUGUCAAGCACUGUUCAGACCCCGAGCUCUCCUCAAUCUUUAAGUGUAAGCCUAUUCAGGAGUGGAAUACAAAAGACAUCCAGUUGAGAAUUGAUGACUAUCAGAGAGAGCAGCGAUCUUCUGGCAAGAUACGUAGUGAUGCGCAGGUUAAGAGUCACACCGCCACUCUUCUUGACAUGCAGCAUGAUGCAGCAUUAUACAGUCAGCCCUUGCCUGGUCAGAGUCAUGCUCAGUACUCCACCCCCCACAGUCGCUCUCCCCCGCCAGCUGCCGCUGUUGCUAGCCCUACUUAUCACAUGCCAUGCCCCCCUCACAUCACUGCUCAGAGUCAGAUAUAUCCUCCCAGUCAGACGCACUGCCCACCCAUGUGUUCUCCCACAUCAGCUGUGUUUCAGAACAGUCAGGCGUCAGAGGAUAGUAUUCUGAAUCGCAUGGUGGCCAUGAUGGAGCAGAUGAUGAAUACAGUACAGAGGCGUGGUGGCCCCCCCCGUGGUCGUGGAUUCCAAGGUGGCCGUCGUGAGAAGGCCUGCCGUGUCUGCAAUGACAGUAAGCACUCAACUGUCACCCACUGCAAGUCAGAAAGACUGUGCUUUAACUGCUUCGCUCCUGGUCAUACGAAGGCAGCAUGCAACAUGCCUGCCCCAGAGCCUCGGCCUGCGGGAAACUAGAUGGCCCGUAUUCGAUGGGAGGCAGUAUGGGUCGUAAUUCAAACUCCCGCUCUGAUGAUUACUCUGAUGCAGAAAACAUUUAUGCAGCUUGCAAGCUCUCAUGUACUGACUCUAAGAAUGUUAUCUUUCAGAACACUCAAGUUGUAAAUGGCAGUGACAGUCUUUUCUACACUCCUGUGAUUGUUAGCAAAACAGUGACGCUGAAUGCUAUGCUUGACAGUGGCUCCAUGGCCUGUACCAUCAGCGAAGACGCUGUGACGAGACUUAGAGAAGCAGGGGUGGUAACAUCAAAAGAUCAUUUCAGCACAGAUGUCGUACUGAUUGGCUGUGGGGGUCGUCGUGUCAAACCUGAGUCAGCUGUGCAUGUGCAGAUGGAAGUGUAUGGCUGCAAAAUUGAGGUACCCACUCUUGUUGUACAAGGCCAGCAUGAUGACUUGAUUCUGGGCACUAAUGUCAUAAAACACAUUCUCCAAAAAUACAAGAACUGUGAUGCCUACUGGAAGGCUGUGUCGGCACCCUGCCCUGCUGGGGACACAGAGUCUGAGCGCUACCUGUCCAUGCUAGCGGGUCUGGACCGUUGGAGAGGCGAGGAUGUCCCCUACAGAAUAGGCACUGUCAGGAGCAACUCAGCUGUGUGCCUGGAGCCUGGCCGUGAGUACCUGCUAUGGGGAAGACUACCCAGGUCUACCGCAGUGUCCCCUGGAAGCACAGUUAUGACAGAGUUAACAACAUGCCGCUCGGCUCCAAGAGGUGUUCUCGUUGCGAGAAUGGUCACGUCACUAUGGCAAGACAGAUGGGUCCCAAUAAAAGUCAUCAACACCUCUGACAAGUCCGUCUUAGUCAGACGAAAUGCCAAAUUGGCCGAUGUUUUCCCCUGCAUUGCACUGGAGGACAUGGAUGACACCACCACUGAGGUUCCCCAGGCCAGUUGUUCCCUCAGAACUGCCACUGCAAACGUUGAGUGCUCUGCUGACAAUAAAUUACGAUCAGUUGGAUUGACUGACAUUGACUUAGCCCCCUGUGAUGUAACUGAGCAGUGCAAGGAUAGGCUGACGGACUUAGUUGUCCGUUAUAAUGAUAUCUUCUCACGCCACCAUCUCGACUGUGGAGAGGCAACAGGCUUCGUUCAUCGCAUUCACCUGUCAGAUCACCGGCCAUUUCGACUCCCAUUCAGGCGGGUUCCGCCAAGCCAGUAUCAGAAGCUUCGUCAGGUGCUGAAUGAAAUGGAGGAGAAGGAGAUAAUCAGGAAAUCCACCAGUGAGUACGCAUCUCCUCUAGUGCUGGUGUGGAAAAAGAACGGAGAUCUCCGUGUCUGCACAGAUUUUCGCUGGUUGAACAAGCGCACUUUUAAAGAUGCGCACCCCUUGCCUCAUCAGGCCGACUGCCUGGGUGCUCUCGGUGGCAAUGCACUUUUUAGCACCAUGGACCUUACGUCCGGGUUUUACAAUAUGCCACUUCAUGAAGACGACAAGAAAUACUCUGCCUUUACCACUCCAAUGGGCUUAUACGAGUACAAUCGCUUACCACAAGGUCUAUGCAAUAGCCCUGGCAGUUUUAUGCGUAUGAUGACAUGCAUUUUUGGGGACCAGAAUUAUUUAAGCUUGCUUUGCUACUUAGAUGACUUGCUGGUCUUUGCCCCUGACGAAGCAAGUGCUCUGGAACGCUUGGAGAUGGUGUUCAGCAGGCUGCGUAGUCACAAUCUCAAGUUAGCCCCCAAAAAGUGCUUUUUCCUACGAAAAUCUGUGAGGUUCCUUGGGCAUGUCGUAGAUGAGACUGGUGUAUCCACUGACCCCAGUAAGAUUGAGGGUAUCAUGAAGAUGUCACGUAGGGACCUGAUGGAAGCAGAUGGAGUGACUCCCUCAGCAAAACGGAUCAGAUCCUUCCUGGGGAUGGUCAAUUACUACCAGCACUUCGUGCCAAAUUACUCUGCCAUUGCCAAGCCCCUCUUCUCUCUCUUGUCUGGUCAGAAGUGCAAAAGAGGCAGGAAAACAACGGCAAAAGCCCGAACCCAGAGCAGGAGGUUGAGUGCUGUUGACUGGACUGGUGAAAUGGAAGAAGCGUUCCAAAGUUUGAAACUGUCACUGGCUGAAUCAGUUGUCCUGGCCCACCCUGAUUUCAGUCGCCCCCUUAUGCUGUCUGUCGAUGCUUCCCUGGAUGGCAUAGGAGCUGUGCUGUCUCAGAUAAAGGAGGGAGAGACCAGGGCGAGACCCAUUGCCUUUGCCAGUAAAUCACUGUCACAGUCACAGAAGAAUUACCCAGCACACCGCUUAGAGUUCCUGGCCAUGAAGUGGGCUGUCACUGAUAAGUUCAGUCAUUGGCUAAAAGGUCACAGGUUCACAGUGUGGACAGAUAACAAUCCGUUGACUCACAUAAUGACGAAGCCGAAACUGGACUGCUGUGAGCAACGCUGGGUUGCCAAGUUAGCCGGCUACAACUUUGACAUUAAAUAUGUUCCAGGCCCAAAGAAUGUGGUGGCUGACGCCUGUAGCCGUCCGCCUUUCGUGAAGGAGAGAAUCAGUCGCAGACUACUCCAGGAGCCAUACAACAGUCUGCUGUCUGAAGUCCAGGGAGUGACAUGCGGCUCUGUUCAAGACACCUUCCGCAGCUCCAGUCAUUACGAUUCACAUCAAGGUGUUGGCCAGGUUGACACAUCCCCUUUUACAGCCCCUUUGCAUGUCCAGACCAUGUCCGUUGGCACAGACGAAAUGUCUGCCUUUCUGCAGUCGCACAUCCAAUGGGAGACUGGGGCUAGAACACGUGCUAUUGAGGCCCUCCAUCAUGUGCCGCAACUGAUCCCUGAUGGGCAAGAUUCAUUACCUGCUUUCACGGAGGCGGAGCUGCGUGAUGCGCAACUUGGGGACAGAACUCUCUCGCGUGUCCUGCACUACGUGGAACGACGUCGCAGACCCUCCAGGAGAGAGCGAGCAUAUGAAUCAACUACAGUCAUACGGUAUUUAAAGCACUGGGAGAAACUUGUCUUAAGUAAUGGAAUACUUUACAGACUGUCAAGGGACCAAGUCACAAAGUUCAAGCGUCACCAAUAUGUUGUCCCAGGCUCUCUUAAAGCUGACGUCCUGAGGGGUGUCCAUGAGGAUGCUGGUCAUCAGGGCCAGUUCAGAAGUCUCGGGCUUGCCAGGCAGCGGUUCUUUUGGCUCAGUCUCGAUAGGGAUGUGAGAGACCAUGUCCGCAAUUGCAAACGUUGCAUUGUCAGCAAGACAGCUGAACCUGUUGACAGGGCCCCCCUGGAAAGCAUUACUUCUACCAGGCCACUCCAACUGGUCUGUAUCGACUUCUGGUCGGCUGAAGAUUCUCACAACAAAUCUGUUGACGUUUUGGUCAUAACUGACCAUUUUACCAGAUUAGCCCAAGCUUUUGCCUGCCGAGACCAAUCAGCCAAGCAGGUAGCGAAAGUCCUCUGGGAGAAAUAUUUCUGUGUGUAUGGUCUCCCAGAGAGGAUCCACAGCGACCAAGGACCAAGCUUUGAGAGCGAGCUGGUCGCGGAGCUUUUACAGCUGUCUGGGGUGCGCAAGUCUCACACUACCCCAUACCACCCCAUGGGAAAUGGCAGUGUGGAACGUUUUAAUAGAACUCUUGGCAACAUGAUCCGCGCCCUUACCCCAGACAACAAAGUCACUUGGCCAAGGCGACUUCAGACGCUGACAUUCAUGUACAACAGCACGGUUCAUGAGACGACAGGGUAUGCCCCUUUUUAUUUAAUGUUCGGACGUACUCCACGCUUGCCUGUUGAUGUGCUGUUUCGUACAGUCUUGAACGAUCCUGAUGUGGUCAGUUACGACAAGUAUGUUGCGUCCCUAGAGAAAGAUCUGAAGGACGCCAUGUUGAUAGCACAGGAACAUGCCAAAAAGGAACAACAACGUCACACAGUGCUUUACAACAGACGGGUGAAAGGCCCAACCAUUGCUGUAGGUGAUCGUGUACUUGUUGCGAACAAGAGAGAAAGAGGGAAGAGAAAGGUGGCGGAUCGAUGGGAAUCAACCAUCUACACUGUUGUAGACAUAAACAGUGACACUCACACUUACAAAAUUCAGGACACGAUCACUGGACAGGAGAGGGUCGUUCACCGUAACCUGUUGAUGCUGGUGAAUUUCCUGCCCGUGGGUGGCACAAGCACUCCUGAUUCCUCACCUUCUCCUCAGUUCUCAGAUUCACAUGGGGCCUCAUCUGCUGUAGAGAACAGCUCCUUGCAUAGCGAACAUGCUGAAUAUCCUGGCCAUGACUCUACUCUGGAACUUCAGGUGCACAGCGACAGUGCGCAGCAGUCGACUGUCCCAGAGCCGACAAACAGUGCGAGAAGAACUGUCGAAUGGAUUGCUCAGUCGCCCUUCCCGGAGAGCUCGCAUGGGAGAUCAGAGAGUGAAGGAGUCUCUAGUGACAUGGAGUUGAGUGUGGACUGCACAGAAGAUCAGUCUGUUGCCCCCAUCUAUACACCGGCACCUGACACUGGCAACACUGUUGCUACCGGUGACUCGAGAAAAAUGUCCAUUAGUUGUGGCUCAGAUGCAGAGACGUUCACGCACACACACAAUGACAGGGAGUCAGUAACAACGCACAGGUCCGAUGUUAGUCACACACAGAGUGACACAGUAGCUUCAGGUCUGUUGUCUAACAAUCCCAGUUUCCCCACACGGCUGAGAUCUAGGUUUGGUCGUAUUAUCAAACCAGUUAACAGACUGAUACAGACAAUGUCACGACAGGCCAUUUCUCACACACACCCAUUAGUGCAGACCAUUUCUAGGUCCUCCACAGCUUAGUUUUCCCCACUGUGAAUUAUGACCUCUAUGUCUUAUUCCACUUCUUUUUUUUUUGUUUUGUUUUGUAGUGGCCUUGGAGAAACAGAGGGGGUGGGUCUUGUGGGGUGUAGAAGGCACCCUGCUGCCAGUUGAUUGGAGGGAUUCUUUAAUCUUCCUCCAUGUCAUCCUGUUUGGAUACCUUGUGGUUGGCUGCCGUAAUGUUUGGCGACCCUCCUUACGGUGUGUAGAUUUCCCUCUGCAUGUAGUUUAUGGCUGCUGCUCUAAUUUGGCAAAAUUCAGGGGAGGUGGGUGUAACAGAGUUGAAAAUGCUGUUGAGAAAUAUAUAGUUUUUAUGAGUUUUGCCAUUAUUGAGCAGAAUAUUGUUCGUUGGAGACACCUUGUGGCACUUCGGAGAACUGCAGGUCUGUUGCGUUUUGACCCUCUGGGUCCCCGUAGCCGAGUCAGAAAAGCGAUUCCCUGGCUCGGGUAAGUUUACUAUUUAAUGUGCUCUGUUUUCAAUUAUUGUUUCCUCUUCGUAAAAUGCAAUGUAAACUGUCUACUUGAUGUAUCUUAUUAAUGAUGUAAUCGUGUACACGCUGUGGGGAUAUGCAGGAAAUUUACUAAGUUGUAAAGAAGUUAUUUACAUUUUCUAUUAACCACGAGGCUCUUAUGGGAGAUUAGCAUCUUCCUACACCUGCAGUAGAUGUGUUAGCAUAGUGUCCGUUUUGUGGAUGAAUUAUGCAAGUAUGCAUGAGAAUUCACAUCACAUUUACCUCUACUAUGUAUCACUGUUAUAUGGCACUGUAUAUGCAUGUAUUCUGGUGGCAUGGUACUUUAGAAUUCCGAAUGUUUGAUCGGUUUUCCGAACCGCAAUGAUUCCAUGCCUGAGCAUUCUGCUUGCCUGUUUCCCUCUCGUGAACUUAAUGUUACUUUUAUUUUUAUUGUACAGAUGCUGCAGUAAUGCCAUUUUCUCUGUCAAAGGAAAUAAACUGCCGUCCAAAGAAAGUCCGCCUCCUGUGCCUGCUUGAGUCCGUUUC